CAGCCCCGGCGGCUUGCAGCGGAGAGGACAGCUAGUCUCCUUCUCUUCUGGAGGUGCUGCUGGUGGUGGUGGGGGGGGAGAGACUUGCGCCAAACACGGACGUCCCACAGCUCUCCCCCCCUCAGUGUUUUCCGUUAGGAGCCGGGCGAGGAAAUACAUGCACUCGCUGAGAAUCGCCCGCGCCAGGGCGCAACACUACAAGGUGUAGGGAGUGUGCGCGGUGGGGCAAGAGGGGACCCAGGGGUCCCGGUGCCUUGGAGCGCCGGGCCGUCGGUUCUUCCCUUCCUGCCCUCGGGGCAGACAGAGUGACCCCGGCCCCUCUCCCUGCCCCGACCAUGGUAGUGUUCAAUGGCCUUCUUAAAAUUAAAAUCUGCGAGGCUGUGAGCUUGAAGCCCACAGCCUGGUCGCUACGCCAUGCGGUGGGACCCCGGCCGCAGACUUUCCUUCUCGACCCCUACAUCGCCCUCAACGUUGACGACUCGCGCAUUGGCCAAACGGCCACCAAGCAGAAGACCAACAGCCCGGCCUGGCACGACGAGUUUGUCACCGACGUGUGCAAUGGGCGCAAGAUCGAGCUGGCCGUCUUCCACGAUGCCCCCAUUGGCUACGACGACUUCGUGGCCAACUGCACCAUCCAGUUCGAGGAGCUGCUGCAGAACGGGAGCCGCCACUUCGAGGACUGGAUUGAUCUGGAGCCAGAAGGAAGAGUGUAUGUGAUCAUUGAUCUCUCGGGGUCAUCGGGUGAAGCCCCUAAAGACAAUGAAGAGCGAGUGUUCAGGGAGCGCUUGCGGCCGAGGAAGCGGCAGGGCGCCGUCAGGCGCAGGGUCCACCAGGUCAAUGGCCACAAGUUCAUGGCCACCUACCUUCGGCAGCCCACCUACUGCUCCCACUGCAGAGACUUCAUCUGGGGUGUCAUAGGAAAGCAGGGAUACCAGUGUCAAGUUUGCACGUGCGUGGUCCACAAACGGUGCCAUGAGCUCAUAAUCACGAAGUGCGCUGGAUUAAAGAAACAGGAAAGUCCCGAUGAGGUGGGCUCCCAGCGGUUCAGCGUCAACAUGCCCCACAAGUUCGGUAUCCACAACUACAAAGUCCCCACCUUCUGCGACCACUGUGGGUCCUUGCUUUGGGGCCUCUUGCGGCAGGGCUUGCAAUGUAAAGUCUGCAAGAUGAACGUUCACCGUCGCUGUGAGACCAAUGUUGCCCCCAACUGUGGAGUGGAUGCCAGAGGAAUUGCCAAGGUGCUGGCUGACCUAGGUGUCACUCCAGACAAGAUCACCAACAGCGGCCAGAGGAGGAAAAAGCUCAUUGCUGGUGCCGAGUCCCCACAGCCUGCUUCUGGAAGCUCACCAUCUGAGGAAGAUAGAUCCAAGUCAGCACCCACCUCCCCUUGUGACCAGGAAAUAAAAGAACUUGAAAACAACAUCCGGAAGGCCUUGUCAUUUGACAAUCGUGGGGAGGAUCACCGGGCAGCAGCGUCCACCGACGGCCAGCUGGGAAGCCCUGGCGAGAACGGGGAAGUCCGGCAGGGCCAGGCCAAGCGCUUGGGCCUGGAUGAGUUCAACUUCAUCAAAGUGUUGGGCAAAGGCAGCUUUGGCAAGGUCAUGUUGGCAGAACUCAAGGGCAAAGAUGAAGUCUAUGCUGUGAAGGUCUUAAAGAAGGAUGUCAUCCUUCAGGAUGAUGAUGUGGACUGUACAAUGACAGAGAAGAGGAUUUUGGCUCUGGCUCGGAAACACCCGUACCUAACCCAACUCUAUUGCUGCUUCCAGACCAAGGACCGCCUCUUUUUCGUCAUGGAAUAUGUCAAUGGUGGAGACCUCAUGUUUCAGAUUCAGCGCUCCCGAAAAUUCGACGAGCCCCGCUCACGGUUCUAUGCUGCAGAGGUCACCUCAGCCCUCAUGUUCCUCCACCAACAUGGAGUCAUCUACAGGGAUUUGAAACUGGACAACAUCCUUCUAGAUGCAGAAGGUCACUGCAAGCUGGCUGACUUUGGGAUGUGCAAGGAAGGGAUUCUGAAUGGUGUGACAACCACCACGUUCUGUGGGACUCCUGACUACAUAGCCCCCGAGAUCUUACAAGAGUUGGAGUAUGGCCCUUCGGUGGACUGGUGGGCCCUGGGGGUGCUAAUGUAUGAGAUGAUGGCUGGGCAGCCCCCUUUUGAGGCUGACAAUGAGGACGACCUCUUUGAGUCCAUCCUCCACGAUGACGUGCUCUACCCGGUCUGGCUCAGCAAGGAGGCUGUCAGCAUCUUGAAAGCGUUUAUGACCAAGAACCCCCACAAGCGCCUGGGCUGCGUGGCGGCGCAGAAUGGUGAGGACGCCAUCAAGCAGCACCCGUUCUUCAAGGAGAUCGACUGGGUGCUUCUGGAGCAGAAGAAGAUCAAGCCGCCCUUCAAGCCUCGAAUUAAAACCAAAAGAGACGUCAAUAACUUUGACCAAGACUUUACCCGGGAAGAGCCGGUACUGACGCUUGUGGAUGAAGCGAUUGUGAAGCAGAUCAACCAGGAGGAAUUCAAAGGUUUUUCUUACUUUGGUGAAGACCUGAUGCCGUGAGAGGACGCUCCAGGUGGAGGUUCUCGAUGCUGCAAGAAGGGGUGCCGAGAAGAUCUUGCUUUCUAGAGGCUCAGAAGGUCAUGAAUUACUUCUCCCCGGAGCCCCAAUCCCAUUUACGCUAUCUAUUUAUUACAUCCCCUUAUCCAGGCCAGCUCCCCGCUCCUUCUACCUAGUGACCAAAAGGCACUCUUGGUUCCUGCCUUGCCAGUAAUGCAGAACACAUUGGGUCAGAAGUUAGCCACACACACUGCCAUGCUUGGACUGUUGGCAAGCCUGGUUUCACUCCUCAGGGUCACCUGGCAAUGAAGCAACUUCUAUUCGUUUAACUGCAAAGAAAAAAAAAAAAAAAAGCAAGCAAGAAUGUUCUGACUCUGCUAUUGGACAUAGAGGGCCCAACCACCCUUGCUUCUCAUCCCUUCUGUGUCCUGCCUGCCACUCCCUGCCCUUCUGUCCAGGAGAAGAGACUGGUGCUCCUUCAGCAUGGGGCCGUGCGCCUUCAAGGUGUGCUGCAGGGGGCUAGUUUUGUUGGUUUGCUCUGGAAUGGCUAAUUCUUGCUUGCUUCGAUGUUAGCUUUUGGGCAUGCCAAAGUCUUAGAAGUCUGUAUCUUGUGGAAGAAAUCACUCUUUUGACGGGGGAAAAAAAAAAUUGAUCUUGGACUCUAUUAACACUUGGAAAAUACAUUAUAAAAUUCACUUCCUCGUUGACCAAAAGAUAUAAAUUCCUAUUAAUACAGGUGGAUAUUAAAGGGCUAAUAUACAGUGAGAAACCAGUUGUCCAAGGUUUAUGCUAUGAAUGCCUCGAUGGUAACGGGGGCUGUAUAAGUUCAGAGAGAAGAAAGUAAGUAGUCCUCCUCAUUAUUAAAGUUCUCCCUGGACACAAAGACCACUGCAGUGAUGGCCAAUACACUAAGGUUCUAGCAAAACUCGGCUCCCAAUCUCUCUUUCCACUUCUGCCCUGAGUUCCCAGCAUAAACUCUUAUUUAUUUUCUGCAGCAAUGCGUUAUGUUUGCGCACUUCUACAAAAUGGUAGUACUACUGUGUCGUGGUUUUUAACAAUUAAAUGUGUAAAGUUAAAUAUGCAACAUCUGCUUUAGGGACGAGCAGAAUGAGGCUAAACAGGGGUUAGGCCAAUGGUAUCAGGAGACUGAAGAGCAAAUUGUGGGAAAACUGACAAUGAGGCAAGAUGUACUGGGAGUUUUGCUGGUGUGUGACAUGAAGUGGUAACUCAUGUGGACACUAUUUAAUGGAUGUGAUGUUACCUCCUGUAGAUACGCUAACAGUGUUAUGUUCUUUGAUUUCCAAGGGUUCUCUGUGGCUUUGUAUAGAUGUUUCCCGAAGGUCGUUGAUUACCUAUUUUAAUGAACUGAUUUAGCAGGGAAUGGAAUCCAUUCUAACUGUUGCACGUGGAUUUCCCAGCUGCCCCGAAAUAUAUAUACUUGUGAGUGGCAAAGUGGCACUAAUGAAGCUUUUUGCCUUUUGUACAUUUGAGACUUUUUUGUAUAUAUUGUUUGCUGCAAGGCCUGUGGAAUUAAUUCAUUGAAUAUAGAGGUAUCAACUGCUGCAUGUUCAGACCUAUUAUAAAACUUUAGUCUAUGAAAGAAUAAUUAUAACAACAUCCAGGUGCAAUACUCUGUAAGUGUAUUGGUUUAAGUUACCGAGAGAUAAGAUGUGUUUCUUUUUUUUUGGGGGGGGUGCUUCCUGUGUAUUGUUUAUUUCAUUUGGGUUUAUUUUAAGAUGUAAACAUAUAUUAAGCUAUAUUAAAUCUCGUGUAUAGUUCUCCUGUGCUCUAUUGUGCCCUGAUAGAGAUGGGGGAGAGAAAGGAAUGUUUUUGAAGAUGGUUUCAAAGCUUGGACAGUGACUAUCUUGAGCCCAUAGAGAGUCUGUGUCCAUAUUUACAUCUGGCUGGUCCUAGCCGUUGUUACCAAUGAUGACAUUCAGUUCUCUUUUUGUUUUUAUUUUUUAAAAACUCAGGUGUAAUUAUUAUCUAUUGUUAGGAUAAUUUCGAAUAUGAAAUAUUAUGCUACAGCAAUUCAUGUGUUUGGUAUACCAGUGAAGUCAUGAAGAACAUUAGAUUAAUUUAAUUUAUCUUCGGUAACUUGACCUACUGGGGAGAGACUAUCUUCUGGAGUUGAGUACAAGCACAGAAACGGUCUUCACGGUGGCAUCAUCUCAUUUUUUAGGAAGACGUGACAAUAUUGCCCAUCAUACUCGUGUCACUACUGCUCUCUGCUUCUCUCCUGCUUCCCUCACCGUUAUGAACUUUGGCCAACCAGGCAAGACCUAACUGCCAUGCAAAAUGGCCUUGUCCACAGGGCUUGGUGGUGUUGCGUGCGUGCCAGCGGGGCUUGGGCCCUUUCUACUGGACAACUGGCGUUUUUGCUGGGAAGUCAAAUAAUACAUUCCACCCAGCAGCUCCAGGCAGUCUGUCAGGGGUUAGCCUGCCCCAGGGAGGCUCCCUCCAGCACCCGCAGGGCUGGCUGGGAGGUUUCCAGCUCGGGGCUGGAGCUGAUGAAGUUCUCACAUAGGGUAGGUUUAAAUCCAGUUCAGGUCUCCAGAAAAAAGGCUUGCCUACUCCUUGAGUGUUCAUUGUUUCAUUUCGGUUUUCACAAGAGUUUGGAAACGGACACACUGUUACAUUUCUCUGCUGAUUCUUACUAAUCUUUCCAGCUCUCCCUCUCUCUCCCUAGCUCUCUCUCUUCAAGAAAAAAAAAAAUGGAGUGCAAAAAUAUGCCAAAAAAUAUAUGAAGGAUAGCUGUUCUUCUGUGUUUUCUCAUUAUAGACUUUGUGAAGUGCAAACAAUUUUUUCCUCCAAAGGUGAAAAAAAAAUGCAUUCUUGCUUAAAAAAAAAAAAAAACUUUUUAAAU